GGGGCUUAUUCCUGCAGAGUCUGGCUGAAACAGUGGGGUGUUGCCCUCUCCUGACAUAACGAUAGAUUACAGUAAAAUCAGUUCUGCUGGACUCCUUACUGUCUCCUGCUGUACACAGAAUCCAGUCGUUCAACAAAAGACAGAAUGGUGUACCACCCUGAGUUCGAGCGAGCAGGCCAGCAGCCUGGGCUCCAAGUAUGGAGAAUCGAGAAGUUUGAUUUGGUUGCAGUUCCUGAGAACCUCUAUGGAGGGUUCUACACAGGUGAUGCCUAUUUGGUGCUCAAUACUAUCAAACAACGCUCUGGCAACCUACAAUACGACCUCCACUUCUGGCUGGGUGACUACUGCACACAGGAUGAGAGUGGGUCAGCUGCCAUUUUCACAGUGCAGAUGGAUGACUAUUUGGGGGGAAAGCCCAUCCAGUACCGUGAGGUUCAGGGCCAUGAGUCCAAAGCUUUCCUGGGCUACUUUAAGAAAGGGCUGCAGUACAUGAAAGGUGGAGUUGCCUCUGGAUUUAAACAUGUGAUCACCAAUGAAGUUGUAGUGCAGCGUGUGCUGCAGGUCAAAGGUCGUCGUGUUGUCAGGGCAACAGAAGUGCCAGUUAGCUGGGACAGCUUUAACCAGGGAGACUGCUUCAUCGUAGACUUGGGAAAUGAGAUCUACCAGUGGUGUGGCUCAAAAAGUAACCGCUUUGAGAAGCUAAAAGCUACUCAGCUUGCGAAAGGCAUUCGUGACAAUGAACGCAGUGGACGAGCCCGUGUGUAUGUAUGUGAUGAAGGGAUGGAACGAGAAAAGAUGUUGGAGGUCCUUGGAGAAAAGCCUGACCUACCUGAAGGAGCAUCUGAUGACAUUAAGGCUGAUACCUCCAAUAGGAAGAUGGCCAAACUCUACAAGGUGUCUGAUGCCAGUGGAGACAUGACGAUUGCCCUGGUGGCUGCUGAUAACCCCUUCACCCAGAGUGCACUGGAAUCCAGUGACUGCUUCAUUCUGGACCAUGGCUCAGAUGGCAAGAUCUUUGUUUGGAAAGGCAAAGAUGCCAAUGUUGAAGAGAGAAAGGCUGCCAUGAAGGCAGCAGAUGAGUUUAUUAAGAAAAUGGGUUACCCCAAGCACACUCAAGUGCAGAUUCUGCCAGAGAUGGGCGAGACUCCUCUAUUCAAGCAGUUCUUUAAAAACUGGCAUGAUGUGGACCAGACGGAGGGCCUGGGUGUGGCUUAUGUCUCCAACAGCAUCGCUAAGAUUGAGAAGGUGCCGUUUGAUGCUUCCACCUUGCAUGAUUCCCCAGCCAUGGCCGCUCAACACGGAAUGAUUGACGAUGGCAAUGGAGAGAAACAGAUCUGGCGUAUUGAAGGUUCAGAUAAGGUUCCAGUUGACCCCUCUACUUACGGCCAGUUCUAUGGUGGAGAUAGUUACAUCAUCCUGUACAGUUAUCGCCAUGGAGGCAGACAGGGUCACAUCAUCUACAUAUGGCAGGGUAAGGACUCAUCACAAGAUGAGAUUGGGGCAUCUGCCAUUUUAGCCUCCCAACUGGACGAUGAGCUUGGAGGUGGACCUGUGCAGGUGGCUGGUGCUCCCCUCACCACUCAGGUGCGAGUGGUCCAGGGUAAGGAACCAUCUCACCUGAUGAGUCUGUUCGGAGGGCAGCCCAUGGUGGUGCAUAAUGGUGGCACCUCCAGGGAUGGAGGUCAGACAGAGCCAGCUGAGACUCGGCUGUUCCAAGUGCGCUCAAACUCUGCAGGGUGCUCACGAGCUGUGGAGAUUGAUGUCAUGUCCUCUAAUCUGAACUCCAAUGAUGCUUUUGUCCUGGUGACCCCAGCCAAUUCUAUGAUGUGGGUGGGACGGGGAGCCAGUGAUACAGAGAAAUGUGGAGCACAGCAGCUUUGUGACAUCUUGAGAGUUUCGCCAUCUGUGCUGCAUGAAGGAGGGGAGAAUGAUACGUUCUGGGAGGCUAUGGGAGGAAGGGCACAGUACCGCACAUCUGCCAGGCUACAGGACAAGCUGAAUGCCCAUCCACCACGACUGUUUGCCUGCUCAAACAAAACGGGACGCUUCAUUAUUGAGGAGGUACCUGGGGAGAUGACACAGGAAGACCUGGCUACAGAUGAUGUCAUGAUACUUGACACCUGGGACCAGGUGUUUGUUUGGAUCGGUAAUGAUGCUCAUGAGGAGGAGAAGACUGAGGCAAUAGCUUCAGCUGUCCAAUACAUUGAAACUGACCCAGCCAACCGUGACCCGCGCACACCUAUUGUGAAGAUCAAACAGGGCUUUGAGCCACCCACUUUCACAGGCUGGUUCCUGGGCUGGGACCAUGACUACUGGAGCACUGACCCCCUGGAGCGUGCCAUGGCUGAGCUUGAGUUGUGAACAUUCACCUGAUCUUUAAGCCCCACUGCCUUACUGCAAGCUGAUCAAAGUUGCCCUUCUAUAUAAUUAAGACACCAAUUUGAUGCUCAUGAGGGUUUUUUCAAGGGUACAAAAUCUACACUACUGCCCUGAACUUCAGUCACCAAACUUAAGGCAACUUCAUAAAUUCUCUGCAGUUACUUUUGUAUUUAAGUGCUGGCUGCAUGCACUCAGCAACGUUUUUAGUGUUUUUAAAGCAUCUAGAUAACAAAUAUUUGAUCCGUACACCCUGUCUUGCUGAAGUGUAUGUAAUAUACAAGGAUAGUCUUCUUAAAAUCCGUAAAAAUCUUUUUUUAAUUAACCUUUUUUUUUUUUAUGCGACCAGUAUUGUGUUUACUAGCAAUACUAUAAGUGUUUUUAACUCAAUUUGAACUUGAAAUAAGGUAAGGGUAUGUUUACAGUGCUAUGAAAAUUCUGUAAAAACAAAUAGUAGUGUACAGUAGGAAAGGGCAUAGAUUUGGCUUGAAUAUUGGGGGGGGGGGGGCUGUCGCAGCAUGAAGCAUCUACAUGUUUCCGUUGAUCAUGGUAUAAAUAUGGGGGGGAAUCUACGCCACUGACAGUAGGAACAGAGACUGUUUUCACCUUUUCAUCCAACACUCUGUAGUUGGCUAUUGGCUUUGUUCGGAAUAGCAUACUACCAUAAUUCUCUUGCUAUUUCUUCAGCAUAUAGUAUGCAUACCGAGCACAUUAUGCAGAUUUUCAGUAUGCAUGGCCCAGAUGUGCAGUAUAUAAAAGGGCACACUGCAUUGAAUACUAUAACCCAUAAUGUGCAAAUGCUCUCAACUUGACCUUCCAUUUUCUAGUGUUAUGAAUUAACAUCAACCUCAAUUUUUCAUUGUUUGAUCUGACUGCCAAAAUACAUUUUUAUACAAAUUUUAUUAAAACAAAUCCAAGAUGAUAAUGCCACUCACAGAAUUCAACAGAAUUGAUCAUGAAGCAUAAGGUCAUGUGACAACAAUGAAGCAUACUAUUGUUUGAAAUGCUAUUCAUACCAUAUAUACGGUUUUCACAUACUAUUCUUAAAAAUUACUAAGCAGUAGUGUAUACAGCAGCGCAAUAUUCUGUAAAAAAAACGGUACGGUAGUCUUCCAUUCUGAACAGCCUACAUUUGCUACAGUAUGAAAUAAGCAAUGUCAUGCCUCCACAGACAGAGAGUGCUGAAAGACUUUUUCUUUUUCAGUUUCAAUGUAAGAACAACCAGCCCCAUUGUCUCAUUUUAGAUUUUAAAUAGCAAGGUUUAGGAUUGCCUAUGUUGAGGGGCAAUUUAUUUUAUAAUUUCUGAGCGGAAUAGGGACAUGUCUUGAUAUUGGUUAGGGAUGUGAUGAUUUUCCCAGGAGGCCUUAUGUCUACAUAUGCAAUGUUGAGACUGAAACUAACCCAUUUUCUAGCUAUGGGGUCUAGAGUAGAUAGUUCUUAACAGAUGGGAAGGUUAAGUGCUUCAUGAUAUGUGAAACUGGUACACCUCUAUGCAGACCCCACACGAUAUUUGCUGGAAUGUAGACUUGACAUUUAUUUAAAGAGUAAAAACAGACAUUGCUGCUUUGCUUUGCAAAUCAUUCUGCACAUGUAGAUGAAAAAAUGACAGGACAAAAUAAUCUGUUUUACUACUGGUACAAUAAAGAACCACAACUCCAA